AUGUUCGGAAUGUGGAAAGGUAUAUUCCCUUGUUUGAGGAGCGAGCUCAGAUUAAAGUUAGAGAAUUCGUUAAUAGUGAUAAUAGCAAGUACCGUUUUAUAUAAUAUUCGAAUUAGAUGUAACCAAAAUCAUGGCGACGAAGUCGUUAUUAGAGAAGAGGCGGGGGUGAACAACGAAAUACCUACUAACCCACAGAGUGGACUGAACAUGAGACAGAACUUUGUGCAACAACACUUUCAAUGA